UCUCUCGCAUCACUCCCGUUCCACAUCAUUCCCCCACUGCUUCUCCUAAGCCUUGAGCCUAGGUUUACGGUCUAGUCAUUCAGGCGGGUGUUUUUUCCCUCCGAAUCCAUUCCACUACGGAUUUGAUCGCCCUUUUCAUGCUCACCCGCUAACUCGUCCUCCCAUUGUCUGGCUGUCUAUCUUUGUGUCUGUCCAGGUGGCUGGAUCGGUAGCCUUCAACCAGACUUUAGCCCAUCUGGAUUUGGCUUCAUCGCUUGGCCUUUGUAAACCACUGGAACCCCGAAUGGCUUGGCCCGAUUCUUGAUUUUUGACUUCGGUAUCAGUUCCCCUCCCUUCGAUGGUGGUUUAGCUUGCCUGCUGAGUUGUUGGCAAAGUGUACAAAGUGUGUGCAUUUGUUUCCCUCGAGUCCUCCGUCCAUGGACGAACGUCUUGUGUGAAAUCCGAUCGAGGUGAAAACCGAGGCCAAGAUCACUUUGUCAAGAGUGGGAAAAAGAAGAGACGAGAAGAAGUAAACGGAUCCGUUGUUGUUAGCGUAAUCAAAUCCGGUAUAAUAAGGUCUAGGAGAUUUGAUCAUGUACUAUCACCCUUCAGCCGUGGUCCAUGCUCCUCCCCCUGCGUCUUCGUCCUCGUCGUCUCUGUCGCUGGAGGCGGCCAGAGGCGCCCCCUUUCACGGGAAUGAGGCCCACUACAACGGAGGCCAUGCCAAUGUUGACGAGGAGGAAGACGACGACGAUCCCACCGUUUGUAAGAAUCCCAAACAGGGUAACGUCUUGCCCAUUCAUGGCAAUGCGGCCACCUUAAACAUCAAUAAUCUCAUUCUUACCAAUAUCCAAGGAUCUCCCUACUUUAAAGUGAGCCUCUUUGCCCUCAAGACCUAUCAUGAGGUUAUUGAUGAGAUCUACUACAAAGUCGAUCAUCUCGAACCGUGGGAACGAGGAUCUCGAAAGACCUCCGGUCAAACGGGCAUGUGUGGAGGAGUGCGAGGGGUCGGGGCUGGUGGAAUCGUCUCAUCAGCUUACUGCCUUCUAUUUAAAUUGGGCACUUUGAAGUUGACUCGCAAACAAUUAAAUGGCCUCAUCAAUCACAGUGACAGUCCUUACAUUCGAGGCCUUGGUUUCAUGUACAUCAGGUAUACGCAAAGCCCAAGCGACUUAUGGGAAUGGUUCGAACCUUAUCUCGAGGACACUGAGAUGAUUGACGUUAAAGCAGGUGGUGGGAAGCAAAUUACAAUCGGGGCCAUGGUCAAAUCGUUCUUGGAGAAGCUGGAAUGGUUCGAUACCAGAUUCCCUCGCAUCCCAGUUCACACACAGAAACAAAUCAAUGCCAACCUCGAAGAGUACUACCCCAGUGGCACUUCAGCCGGUACAGCGUCCUUUGAACCUCAAACCGAGAUUUCUGAGCGAUCUGACGAUCGGUCAAACUAUCGAGAGCCUAGAGGAAUGGAUCAUCGAAGUCCAGAUGCCAGAAAAACGACGAGUAGGCGCUCUCGAGAUUGGAGCGAGUCUCGAUCAAAAGAUGUGAGCUACGAAAACGAUCGCGAUAGCAAUCGGAAACGAGAGCGGGAGCAUUCGAGGCACAAACAUGCUCGCAAAAAACGCUCUAGGUCACGAUCACGUUCGAGAUCGAGGGAUGACGGUCGAAAGCGGAGUCAUAAGAAAACGAAAGAAAGAAGGCGCUCUCGAUCACGAGAUCGUGACCACAAUCGGCGACGGGACGACCCCUCCAGGAAAGAGCGAAGCGCUCCUUAUGAGGAUGAAUUGAGGAAAUACUCCAAGGAAAGAAAGAAAAGCAAAAAACACAGACGAUCCCGGAGCAGAAGCUAACAAUUGGAUCAGUUAACUUUACUGGGCUCUACAAUGACAAUUACCAGCAUCAGUACAACCACUACAAAAACUACAUCCAAACUAGGCACUCCAAGGCACAUGCUUUUCCAGUUAUUGUGGCUUUACUAAAAAUGUUUGUGAAUGGAUGUCCUCAAAGGAUGCUUAUUUUGCCACAAAAAUUAUUGUGACCUCACUCUGAAUAUAAUAUGUAUGCAAUGA